GAUUCUAUCGACGACGUAGGGGAGUCGAGUCGAUACCACAGAAAUUUUCACGUUAUUUUAGUUUCGUUAGCAAUCAUUCGUUUGUUUGUCGUAGUCGUGUGUGGAUGUUAUGUGUGUAAUAGAAUAAUUUUUUUGAACUGAAUUAAAAGUUGGUGAGCUAGUAGGUUCUCCUCCUCAGCACCACUUAACUGUUAUACAAAUUAAAUCCACGCCAGUAUGGAUCCUAUUAGUGCCAGUUGCUUCAGUUUAAAUAUCCAAGAAAAUCGAAAAGCGAUAAAAGAAGAGGAACAACAGUAUGCAAAGUUUCAAGAAAUUAUUGUUAGUUGCAAAUCGCUUAGCAAAUAUGAAGGAAAGACAUUCAAAACAUUGCUUCCACAGGUUAUGGCAGCAAUAAUGGCUGGUUCAUUACACAUUGCUGUGGGACUCUCGUUAUCUUUUUCUGGAAUUUUAGUGCCAGCGUUAGACAAGGAUCUACAGAAUGGUACAGAUAGUGAUGGACAACUUUACGCAACUAAAGAUGAAUCUGCUUGGAUCGCUAGUGUCGUUGUAAUAAUUGUACCAGUGGGAUCUAUCACAGCUGGUUUCGCUAUGGAUGCAUGGGGACGAUUAUGGGCUGUAAGGCUUGCUAUUAUACCAACUGUUUUGGGAUGGUGUCUGAUUGCUAGUGCUAAUUCAGUUGGUAUGAUCAUCGCUGGAAGACUUUUAACUGGAUUUGCUACAGCUUGGGGUAGUAUACCUGCAACCGUUUACAUAACAGAAAUUGCUAGAGCCGAUAUGAGAGGAUCACUGGUUGUAACAGCUCCAACUUUUGCUUCAUUAGGUAUGUUAAUAUGUUUUCUGAAAGGAUGGUUUUUGAAUUGGAGAACUGUGGCUUGGCUUUGCAACAUAUAUGCACUAAUGCCUAUUUUAUUUCUUUUUCUUAUUCCUGAAAGUCCCCCAUGGUUAGUUUCAAAAGGAAAAAUAGAACAAGCUGCAAAGAGUUUACAAUGGCUCAACAAAUAUCAACCUCAACCAGAAAACAGACACGAAUCCCUUGCAGAACUACAAUUACACGCUCUUCAAAAAGAACAUCAAGCCAAGCUAGAAGAACAGGCUAAAAGAGGAGAUUCUGGAGGAAUGGCAAAACUCAAAGAAUUUUUCAAGCCUACUGGUUACAAGCCUCUUCUUAUUCUUACUGGUCUCUUCUUUUUCCAACAAUUUGCCGGAAUUUACAUCACUUUAUUCUACUCUGUAACAUUCUUCCAUGAAGUUGGUAGCACUCUUAACCCAUACCUAGCAUCAACGUUUUUAUGUCUAAUUAGAAUGUUAAUGGCUUGCUUCAAUUCAUAUUUGUUGAAAACUUUCAACAGACGAUCCUUGUUAAUAACCAGUGGAUUUGGUAUGGCACUUUGCACUGGAUUGUCAGGAUUAUUUACUUAUUUAAUAAAACAAGGUUCCUUAACCAUGACUUGGUUACCUUUAGCAGCUCUCCUUCUGUUUGUUGUGGCAUCUAUGAUUGGUUUUCUACCAAUACCUUGGACAAUGAUGGCGGAACUUUUUCCUCUAGAAAUAAGAGGAGUUGCCAAUAGCAUUGCUUACAGCAUUGGAAACUUACUGAUGUUUGCUUCAAUACAAAGUUUCUGGGGAUUGGUAUCUGUUUUCCAAGGUUUUGCAGGAGUGCAAUGGUUCUUUGCGGUUAUUUCGAUAUUAGCGUCAUUGUACACUUACAUAUUUGUACCAGAAACUCACAGAAAGAAAUUGAAUGAUAUUACAGAUUACUUCGUUCACAACAGUAUAUAUUUGUUGGCGAAAAAAGAACCAAAAAAUUCAAAUAAAAUAGUGAAUGGUACCAGAGUUGGCAAAAAGGAUAUUAUUAAAGCCAACGUCGGACAAAACGACAAACUAAUGGAAAAUGUUUAGUUUCCUUAAAUUUCAUUUUGUAAUCGUACGUUGUUACGGGUAAGAUUCAGUUAUUCCACAUAAUUUUUACUCUAUGUGAUUUGUCAAAUUAUAGAUUUUGAAAGAUUCGGAUACUUAAAAUUGAAAUUCUAUUUGGGACUGACAUUAUCUUCAAGUAAAAUUUGAGUUUUUAUCAUUUAUGUUUUGUCUUAGAAUUCUAUAUAUUUGCUCACUUAUACUUACUUUAUUUAUCCUUAAUAUAAAAGCUGAUUACAUAUAGGGUGUCUCAAAAUUAGACUGCCAUUGCGUUAGAAGGAAUUCCUUUAAUGAAAUAAAAAUAAGUUGAUUUAUUGAUAUAGUAUUCCGCUGUUUCCAGAUGAAUAAAGUAUUUCUUCCACAAAUGAAUGAAAUUUUAUAAUUUUUUAAAGUUAAUAUAUUUAAUCUUAACUAUAAUAACAAUUUAUGGAAGAAUAACAAAAGGAAAAACAUUUAAGAAGGACAAUUCAGUUAGACUGAAUUUUUGCUAUAAAACAUAUUGAAAGAGCAUUAUUUUCUCGUGUACAUAAAGGGAUUCCUGUGACUUCUCGUAGUACACAAUAACUUUACAUAUAGCCUCAGUUUGUAAUGAAUUAUUUAUUGAAAAAUAUUAUACUUAUAAAUAUUUGAUUUUAUGUAAUAUGCAAAACAAUUAUUCUAAUUUUUUUGUCUAGAAUCAAUAUAUUCAGGGUGAGGGCGAACACAGUUCACAUGAACCGAGGGAAAGAAAACACUUCCAUCUUCACUUUAUUAUAACCACUUACAAAUGUUUGAAGUUUCGUUACGACUGUGUAACUCUGUCACCUAUUAUUAAUUAUUAAGUAUUUAUAUCAGUUUAUGUUAAUAUUUCAACAUACUUAAUUGGUUUCUCAAAAUUUAUAUUCAUGCGUUGUAACAUUCAAAACUGUUAUAUUUCAACAUACAUGGCAUUUUGUUUUUAUUAAUUCAUAUUAUAAUUUUAUAUUAGUUAUCAUAAUUAAUUGUAAACAGGGUUUGAAAAAGUGGCUUUUUUGAUAAAACAGUAGUUAUCCAUAACUUCACAAUUAAUUUAUUACUUUAUUACCAACAACAUAAUUUAGACAUGUAUAUAAAAUACAUUUUGUGUAAGAAAUUCACGGUGGUAGUUGAAUUUCGCGAUACCCUUAUAAAAUGAAACAAUACAUUGUCGAUAAUACAUAAUUAGUUAAAUCAGAUAUGUGGCUGUUGAAUUGUAUUAAAUAAAGAUCUAUUUAAAAAACUGCUCACUGCAAA